AUGUUUGAAGUGGCCGAAGGUGGUUUUCUCGACAUUGAUGUCAAGAUAACUGGACCGGACAACAAAGUGAUUUACAAAGGCGAACGGGAAUCUUCUGGGAAAUAUACAUUUGCAGCACAUAUGGACGGUGUGUACACGUACUGCUUCGGAAAUCAGAUGAGUACAAUGACGCCUAAGGAUGCGGGUUCUAUGCAUUACUCAAAAAAACUUUUAACGACGGUACCAAUAUCGAGAAAACAAAAUUUUUUGUUUAUAGCCGACAAUCAGAAACUUGAAGAAAUGGUCCGAGAGCUGUCCACUGCCCUAAUGUCAGUUAAGCACGAGCAAGAGUACAUGGAAGUCCGAGAACGAGUUCACCGAUCAAGUAAGUUUACCUAUCAUUUUUAUUGCUUUCCUUAACA